AUGCUCUCCGUCAAGAACCUCCUCUUCCUUGCCGUCGCCGUCACCGGCUCCGUCAUCAAGCGUGACGCCGCCCUCGUCAAGGCCGACCUCCAGACCAUCAACACUGACACCGCCAAGGUCACCACCGCCGUCAACAACUACAACGGCGGCGUCCUCAACGCCCUCCCCAUCAUCAACGCCCAGCAGCAAGUCACCAAGGACAUCAAGAAGGCCACCACUGAUGCCCAGAACGCCGGCGUCGUGAGCGAGGCCGAUGCCCUCGACAUCAUUGCCUACAUCACCGGCACUCUUGAGCCCACCAUUGUGGGCUCCCUCUCCGCCCUGAAGUCCAAGAAGGCCAAGUUUGAUGCUGAUGGCCUGACCGGCACUGUCAAGAGCAGCUUGACCUCGCUCAAGUCUGACACUGAUGCCCUCGGUGCUGCUCUUAUUGCUGGAACGCCCGCCAAUCUUGUCGCUCAGGCUCAGGCUAUUCAGGCCAAGAUUGAUGCUGACUUUGACGACGCCAUUGCUUUCUUCUCUUAA